UCUUCCCCUUUCUUUUCCUCACCCAAUCACCACACUCACAAUGUCCAACAGGUCCCCAAUUUUCCCCAUUCCAGACCCCCAACACUUCAGCGACUAUGGCUUUGAUCCUCAAAUCAACUAUUUUCAGGUGUUGGAAGAAGCCAUGAAGCACAAGCGCGAGACGUCAAGAUCCAUAGACUCCAUACACUUCAAGCUUCAGAAGCCCAUUUCCAAGGAGGACUCAAGGGCCAAGCUUCACAAGCCUAAGAAGAAACGCUGGUGGAGAAGCGCCCUCUUUUUCUUUAAAUGGAGAUGGGCCCACCCCCGUGAAAACGACGACGUUCACCAAGCCCGGGCUCGUGCCUUCCGGGCCUCCAUUUCAGGCCCCGUUUACUGGACCGAGAGCAGAAGUGGGUCCACCACGCCCUACCGCACCACUAGCCGGCCAUCCUCCGGGCCACUCGCCGGAACCUUGGCGCCGGCGGCGAAGGGGGAGGUGGACACGCCUUACUUGAGUCUCCGAGACCUCAACAUGGAACAGCAACAACUGCAGCAGAGGAUGUCUACUUCAAGCAUGCCCAUUUAUUUGGUCACUUGA